AUGUCUUUUCUUCGUACCAUUAGCAAUGUUCUGAUGCACAGAACAACUUUCUUACGGUCAGUUGCAACAACGGGAAGGGUGUGUCUUUCGUCCGAUGUUGCCACACAAAGUCAAGGUGUUGGUAGCACCACGCUGCACGCGAAGUUCCCGGGUGCGCUCGAGGCGUCAUUCGUGACGGCCCCAAAGCUGGCUCUGCCUGAAAACAUCGAACCGAUUCCUAUUUACCGGGUGAUGAAUAACGAAGGUAUGAUCGAGGAUCCAACACAGGAGCCGAAUCUCGACGAGGCAACCAUUCAAAAGAUGUUUCGAGAUAUGGUGCUGCUUAAUACUAUGGAUAAGAUCCUUUAUGAAUCGCAGCGCCAGGGUCGUAUUUCAUUUUACAUGACAAACUUCGGCGAGGAAGCUAGUCACAUUGGCAGUGCGGCAGCUCUGAGCCCGGAUGACUGGGUUUACGGGCAAUAUCGCGAAGCCGGUGUACUGGUGUGGCGUGGGUUUACUAUAUCAGAUUUUAUCAACCAGUGUUACGGAAACGCUGAGGACCAGGGCAAAGGCCGCCAAAUGCCGGUGCAUUAUGGUUCACGAAAGCUAAAUUUUGUCACCAUUUCGUCUCCGCUGGCUACACAGAUCCCGCAAGCCGCAGGAGCAGCGUAUGCUUUCAAGCUACAACCGAAUAACCAGCGAUGUGUGGUUACGUACUUCGGUGAGGGCGCUGCCUCAGAAGGUGAUACCCACGCGGCGUUCAACUUCGCGGCCACCCUUGAUAGUCCGGUAAUAUUUUUCUGUCGAAACAAUGGCUUCGCUAUAUCGACACCUUCGAAAGAGCAGUACCGCGGAGAUGGCAUCGCUGGACGGGCAGCCGGAUAUGGAAUGGCGGCCUUACGGUUCGACGGAACGGACAUCUUUGCUACGUACAACGCAACGAAGCUGGCACGCGAGUACGUGUUACGGGAAAACAAACCGAUCGUGCUGGAAGCGAUGGCAUACCGUAUUGGACAUCAUUCGACGUCGGAUGAUAGUACCGCGUACCGGCCGGCUGAAGAGCUGGAAGUUUGGAACACGGUGGAACAUCCGAUUGCAAAACUUAAGCACUACAUGAUCCGUCGCGGUUGGUUUAAUGAGGAGAAGGAGAAUGAAUUCGUAAAAUCAGUGCGCAAGCAAGUUCUCUCACAGAUUAAUCAAUCUGAACGUAUUCCCAAACCAGACUGGCGUGAAAUGUUCCAGGAUGUGUACGCAGAGAUGCCGAAGCACCUCAAGGAGCAGAUGCGUGAGAUGGAAGAACACGUAGAGAAGCAUAAAGAGCAUUAUCCGUUAAAGGAUUUCAAACAGUAACUGUCGUUAGACAUCGACCCAUUCCGAUGUAUGGUUGUCUGGCUGCGAACCUCGUUCACCACAAGUGCAUUUAUUAGCUAUAUGAGACGCCUGUUGUCGAUUUUGUAAUUUGUUCGGACUUUAUGAAAAAAAACAUGAAUGUUUUCCUA